AGCGAGCUCCGGGAAGUGAGGCUACGGCAGUUCUCAGCCAUGAAGCGCGGCAUGGAAGGCCGUGGCCCCCCGCCCAAGCGCGGCCGCGGGCCGCCGGUGGGCGCCGGCCGCUGCGCCUUCAAGGUUUUGUGCCCAGACAGCCUGGUGGCCGCAGUGCUGGGCCCUAACGGCCAGGCUGUGGCUCAAGUACAAGAGCAGUCAGGCUGCCACUGCAACUUCUCCCGCCGCGGUGAGUUCUUUCCCAACUCCAAGCUGCGAGUUCUCGUCGUCUCAGGGCCCUCGCCCAUUGACAUCAUGACCUGCCUGGACAUGGUUUUGGACCACGUGGGUUCCUGCGCCAACGAGGAACGGCAGGUCUUGGAAGGACAAGGCAAGUUUGGCGAGGAGGACGGCGAAUUUGUGGACGCCGCUGGUGACCUGCGACUCUGCGUGGCGGUCACGGACUUCGCCGCCAAGGGCGGCAACGACGGCGCAGACGCUAUCUCACGGAUUCAGGAGGAGACCGGCGUCAGACUGUACAUCGACGAGACUUCGUAUGACAACCACCAGCUCAUCGUGCUCGCGGGGAAUAGAGAUCAGCUGCUGGCUGGCCUGGAGCGUUUCAACAGCUUAGUGCAGGCCCGCAUGGAGGAGGACUGGUUCCCCGCAUGGGCAGAUUUGAAGACCUUUGGUGGAGGUAGAGAUGAUUUCCGCCCACCGCCACCACAUGAGGGCAGGUCUUCGAAGCACCGCAACGUGCUGUUCAUUGGUGGCCUGUCGCAGCAGACUGACGCGGCCAAUCUUCAAAGCUAUUUUUCCAGGUAUGGCGAGGUGGUGGAAGCCGAUGUGAAGAGGGACGGCCAGACGGGCCGCUCAAAGGGCUUUGGUUUCAUCACCUUCGCGGAGGAGGCAUGCGCUGAGAGCUGCCUCACGGAUCCCAAGGAGCAUAAUUUGGAUGGCAAGCGGAUAGAUGUGAAGCGCUACGGCGUCAGCGAACGAAGACAAGACGCGGGCCCCAGCUUCGCUCCCCCGAGUCGCAGGCCGCACGAGGAGAGGAUCAGGGGGCCUCCGGAGCCUGCUCCCGGGCCCUUCGGCCGCGGCUACGGGGGUCCCAGUGCGGGUUUCCCGCCAGAGCGGCGGCCAGAGGGUGGGAGCCGCAAAGCGCUUGCAGACAUCAAGUGGUUCGGUGGCCUUGCUGAAGCGGUGCCAGCCCAAUACCUGGAUCUGGACUACUGCAUCACGUGCAGCCUGCCCAGUGCGCAGUGCGGCGCCCUCAUCGGGCGCCGCGGGGAAAACAUCAACGAGGUGGAAAGAAAGACUGGGGCAAAGGUGCAGCUCAGCAAGAAGGAGCAGAACACCGACCACCGCACCCUGUCAGUCACCGGCCCCUUGAUCGCUGUCUAUGCAGCACAUCUUCUGCUUAUGCGGGACUACAACGAAGCUUUGCAGGUGCCAGAAGUACGGCCGAGCCCGGUUGCCGCUGAGUCGAAGAUCCAGGAGUUGCAGAAGGAGAUCGGCAGGUUGAAGCAGCAGAUGGGUGGAGGUGCCUAUCGCUGAACGGAAAUUGCUAAUGGC